CAAAUAUUGUUGUUCUUCUUCUUCUUCUCUUGAUGUUAUUGGUGCUACAGGAACAAAUCGUUCCUCUUCAUCUCUCUCCUUUCUUAUUCCUGAAUCAUGACCUUUGACCUCAACUGAGGUUUUAUUUUUACUAUUUGUUUAUUGAUUUUGUUUCAAUUAAACAAUGACACACAGAGCAACAACUGUCCACAAGGAGAAUCACUGACAUUCUGACAAAGAUGAACAGAUACAGGAUGAAAAACAAAUUUACAUCCCAAUCUUUGGAUUUUUGAGCAGCAUUUAACGUGACAGUAUAAGAGACCUGAUUCAGUUAUUGUUUUCUAGAAAUCUGGUCCAUUUGCUCCGUCUGUUUUUGUAACGGUUCGCUUGCAGUCGAACGUUAAUUUUUCCAUUUUGAGGGUUUGGUCCACCAGUUCCAGCCAGUUCUUUAGCGUUGGUGUUGGUUGGUGGUUUUUGGCUGUAGCACUGAAGAUUUUUAAUAAAUAUUUGUCACACAUGUUCAAACUCUCAGCAAUAACAUGGCGGGUUGUUGAAGUUUAAGAUCCAAAAUUGUUUCAAUCUUACUUGGAAAACAAUUUUAUUUAUUUUUUAUCUUUCUGGUUCUGUAUGAAGCAUCGAAGCUGCUUUUGUUUUGUCAACCUGUUUUAUUUUGAAAGUCUGUAAGGUGAGCAGCAGCUCAGGUUUCAGCUGCUGUAAGAGUCGCUGUGAGUCAAACCUCAGACUGACGGACUCCCAGUCCAGUUCUGGUCCUCUGGAUCGAUCCGGUCCGGAGUUUAUCCAUCGUCGAUGGCCAAGUGGGGGGAAGGGGACCCUCGGUGGAUCGUUGAGGAAAGAGCGGAUGCCACCAACGUCAACAACUGGCACUGGACGGAGCGGGACGUCACGGCCUGGUCCUCGAACCGCCUCCGUCAGCUGCUGCUGGGCGUCCGGGUGGAGGGGUCAGAGGGCGUCUGCGAGGUCACAGAGGUCAGCAGGCUGGAUGGAGAGGCGUCCAUCAACAACCGCAAAGGAAAACUCUUCUUCUUCUAUGAGUUCCAACUGAGGGCCAACUGGUUAGGGACGUCCUGCAGUGGACUGAAGUACCGAGGGACCGUUGACGUCCCCAACCUGUCCGAUGAGAACGAUGAAGACGACCUUGACAUCUCGGUGUCUCUGUGUAAGGACCAGCCCAGCACCCCACUGCUGGACCUGAUGAAGAGUUCUGGUGGUACGGAGGUCCGCAGGGUUCUGGGUCAGUACGUCCGUGACCUUAAAUCAGAUUUCAGUCAGGGGAUGAUCCUUCCCACUGCUGACGGGCAGAAACCAUCCACACCUGUGGCGAGCAAGAAGAACCAGGUCAAAGCCGCUAAAACUCAGGUUAGCUCAGAUGCUAGGCGCUCAUCCAGCCCGGCUACCUGUCCCACAGGUGUUCACAUCCAGACCUGCAGCUUCGGCCUGAAGGAAACGUUCCAGACCUCUGCUGAAGAACUCUACAGGACCUUCAUCAACCAGGAGUUUGUCCAGGUCUUUACGCGCUCAGCAGCGACUGUUGACGCCCGGCGAGGAGGAAAGUUCCUUCUUCUUGACGGCAGCGUCAGUGGAGAGUUCACAGAGCUGGUACCAGACCAGAGGAUUGAGAUGAGGUGGCGCUUCAGGACUUGGCCCAGCGGUGAGUCUGAUGCCAUGAAGUGCUGCUGCUGCUGCUGCAGGACGCCUGAGUCCUCUGGUUGCUCCAUCAGGGCACUACGCCUCCAUCAGGCUGGAGCUGGUAGACGGAGGAGACGAGACGGAGCUGCAGCUGGAGGGCAGAGGAGUUCCUGCUGGAGAGGAGGAGACCACCAGGGAGGGCUGGAGGCGCUUUUACCUGCAGGCCAUCAAACAAACCUUUGGAUACUGAGAGGGCCUGAACCCAGAGGAGCCUCAACGGCUCCAACUGAGACUGAAAAGUCUUUAACGUUUCUGGUUUUGCCUCUGGAAGGUCAGUUAGCAUCCUAAAGGAACAUGAAUGCUUUCAUAAAAUCUGCUGCUCAUUUCUGUCCAAGGUGGGUCCAGAAAGUCGGUACCUUGAUGGGCAACUUCUACUGAAAACCACAAUGAAGAGCCUGAACAACGAAUCUGUUCCAAGUGUAACUUUUUACAGUGUUUGUUCUGAGCUAAUGGAGCUAUUCCUUAAGGAACCAGCUAGCUAUGCUAACACUACAGCACUGAUCAUGAACAUCAGUUCUGCUAAUGCUAAAGUGCUACAGAAAUAGAGUUUAGUGGAAGCUAAUGCUAAUCUAACUUUAACCAAUAAGAUUUUAUGUGGAAUGAAAACAGAUCUGUUGUAUGUCAAGCAAUUAAAAUCAAACAGAUUAAAACCUUUCAGCACCAAUUUCAUUUUGACAUUAUAAUUUACAUAUUUUAUAAUGAUAUUGCAGUUCUAUAUAUUGUGUUUUAAAUAAACAUAGAAUUUAAAAGUAGAAUAAGAGGAAAUGAAAUAGAUAUACUGUAUAAACAGACUUCAAAAUAAGAGCAUGAGAAUUGCAAAUUGAUGGAUGUAAACCAGGAGUAGAAAAAGUGAUCUUGGUCUUUCAAAAGAAAGCUUUCUUAUACUUUUCAAAAUAAAGGUUUUACAGUGAGAUAAUUGUGUUUUAUGACGAUCAUAUCUGCCAUUGUUUAUAAACAAAUAGAGCUUGUUUGUUUUUCAUUGUGAUUCAGUAAAACGUUAACAGAUCCAUCACACGAUUAGUUUUGCUCUUCUAGUCUUUUCUCUUUUCAGCUGGUGACGGUUUUAUUUCUUUAAGCUGCAGUUCGGUCUUCAGUAACAUUUAACAGAAUGAGUUGUUCAGCUCCAAAGUGUUGUUAAACUUGCACAAUAAAAUGAGGAAAAACUCAUUUUUAAAUGAAAUUGAAACGUGACAACAUGUUUAAAAAAACCUUUUACAUGAAAAAUGUAAAAAGAACAGGAAUCUGUUCCUCCUCAGCUUUAGUUGGACAAAACAUUUGAUCUAUUUUUAAUUGCUUUUAAUUAACUAUUUGGACGUACUGAUGUUUAUUGUCUUUUGCUUUCUUCUGCACAGCACAGUGUGAUUUAUUUUGAAAGAUGCAAUGUA